AUGAGUCUGAAAAGUUUCCAAGCAUCCUCACUGUCACUCUUGGGAUCGAAAAGAUGUUCUCCGGGCUCCCAAGUUCCUUCAAGGUCACGAGACUGGGUCCGGGCCGACUAUUCGACUGUGGGAUGUGGACACUGGACAGGCUUUGGGAAAGCCACUUCGAGGGUCCACUCGGGCUCAGUGAGAGCUGUCGGGUUCUUGCCAGAUGGCUCGCGAAUUGUCUCUGGCUCGUCCGACAAGACGAUCCGACUAUGGGAUGUAGAAACUGGACAGGCUUUGGGAAAGCCAUUUCGGGGCCACGAAAGCUCAGUCUUAGCCGUCAGAUUCUUGUCAGAUGGCUCAAGAAUUGUUUCUGGCUCACGGGACAAGACGAUUCGAUUAUGGGAUGCAGACACUGGGCUUUCUCUUGGACAGCCCCUUCGGGGUCACGAAGGCUCGGUAAGGGCUCUUGGGAUCUCGCCAGAUGGUUCACAAAUUGCCUCCGGCUCGUCCGACAAGACGAUCCGACUAUGGGAUGCAGACACAGGUGCCUUUGAGAGCCACUUUCGGAAUCGUCUCUGGCUCGUCCGACAAGACUAUCGAAUCUGGGAUGCAGAUACAGGACGAACUCUAAGAGAGCCAUUUUGUGAUCAUGAAUUCCCCGUCUUGGCCGUCGGAUUCUCUCCGGAUGGCUCACGGAGUCGUCUGGAUUCGUCGAUAAAGACGAUUCGACUUUGGGAUAAUCAAUGGAAUAUAGUAUCUAUCAUCUUCUCACCAGAUGGCUCUAGAAUUGUCUCUGAAUCACGAGAUAAGACGAUUGACUGGGAUGUGGACAAUGGUUCGAAAAUUGUCUCUAGCUCACAGGAUCAGACGGUUUCGACUAUGGGAUGUAGGAUCUGGACAACCUCUGGCCUAUGGGAUAUAAUCACUAGAACCUCUUUGGGAGCGCCAUUUCCUGUUGAUGAAUACUCGGUUUUGGCCGUCGUUCUUGCCAGAUGGCUCGAGAUCUGUGGCUCGUCCGACAGGAUUAUUCAACUAUGGGAUGCGGACACUGGACAGGCUUUGGGAAAGCCACUUCGGGUUCACUCGGGCUCGGUGAGGGCUGUCGGGUUCUCGCCAGAUGGCUCAAAAAUCGUCUCUGGCUCUUCCGGUAGGAGGAUUCAACUGUGGGAUGUGAACACUGGAAAUCCUCUGGGCGAGCCAGUAUGGCGUCACAAUGGCUCGGUCUUGGCCGUCGGAUUCUCGCCAGACGGUUCACGAAUCGUCUCUGGCUCUGCCGACAAGACGAUCCAACUAUGGGAGGCAGACACAGGACAGCCUAUAGGAGAGCCACUUAGAGUGCGAAGGUCCGGUGUACGCCGUUGGGUUCUCCAGAUGGUUCAAAACUUGUCUCUGGCUCGUCUGAUCAAACAAUCCGACUGUGGGAUGUAA